GCGCGGGGCUCCGGCAUCGCGCUCCCCGCACACGCAACGCGCACACACUCACACUCGCGCACCGCGCACGGCGACGCGCACACGCGGCGGUGCCCGCCCCUCUUCCCAUCCCCGUCCAUGGCGUUGAGGACGGCGGCCCCCCGCUCCGCACGUGGCCCCGGGGCGGCCCGGCGCGGGCACGGAGCGCGGUGACUUCCCCAGGCCGGGCGCCGAGACCUCAGAGCCGAUGGAAAGCGGGGGCGAUGCCGGAGCGGCAUCUCGGCGGGGAGGCGGCGGGUUCCCGGGCGCUCCUGGGCCCGGCGCUCCCCCGGCUGCGGACGGCGGCGUGAACGUGGAUGGGCCCGGCGGGAGCGGAGCGGCCGCCGCUGCGGGGCCGGGAGCGCCCGCGCCGCCGCCCCGAGCGCCGUGCUCCAGGGACCCCAAAAUGGUCCAUCAGCGGUUCCUGCGGCGGAGCGUGGUGGACUCGGACCAGGAGGAGCCCGCGUUCGACCUUCCCGAGUCGGAGCAUCAGAGGAAAAUCAUCUUGCUCCCCAAAACCAGAAGGAUAAUCGCGGAGAGGGCGAAGGCAGGGCACGGGGCGGCGGAAAAGGUGUGCCUGGAGGCCGAGCCCCCGGGGCCGCUGCGGGCGGGGCCGGCACCUGGCGGUGCGGCGGGGCCCGAGGAGCAGAAGGAGGCCGGCAAGGAUGCGGAGAGGAAGGAGGCGUCGGACGCGGCCAGGGAGCAGGGCAAGACCAAGAAAGAGGAGCCCGAGGAGGAGGCUGACAUGAAAGCGGUCGCCACCUCGCUGGAUGGCAGGUUCCUCAAGUUUGAUAUUGAACUCGGGAGGGGAUCCUUCAAAACGGUCUAUAAGGGACUGGACACGGAGACGUGGGUGGAAGUCGCUUGGUGUGAACUUCAGGACAGAAAAUUAACAAAAGUAGAGAGACAGAGAUUUAAGGAAGAAGCAGAAAUGUUGAAAGGUCUACAGCACCCAAACAUUGUAAGGUUUUAUGACUUCUGGGAAUCCUGUGCAAAAGGAAAAAGGUGCAUCGUGCUGGUUACCGAACUGAUGACCUCUGGAACACUGAAGACGUAUCUGAAGAGAUUUAAAGUGAUGAAACCAAAAGUCCUGCGUAGUUGGUGCCGGCAAAUCCUGAAGGGUCUUCUUUUCUUGCACACGAGAACUCCACCAAUAAUUCACAGAGACUUAAAAUGUGACAAUAUUUUUAUUACUGGACCAACUGGAUCUGUGAAAAUAGGAGACUUAGGUCUGGCAACCCUCAAGAGAGCUUCGUUUGCCAAAAGUGUAAUAGGUACACCAGAAUUUAUGGCCCCAGAAAUGUAUGAGGAACACUACGAUGAAUCCGUUGAUGUCUAUGCGUUUGGAAUGUGCAUGUUGGAAAUGGCUACCUCAGAAUACCCCUACUCAGAAUGCCAGAAUGCUGCUCAAAUUUACCGGAAAGUAACCUGUGGUAUAAAGCCAGCAAGCUUUGAGAAAGUUACAGAUCCUGAAAUUAAGGAGAUAAUUGGGGAGUGCAUUUGCAAAAAUAAGGAAGAAAGAUAUGAAAUUAAAGACUUAUUAAGCCAUGCCUUUUUUGCUGAAGAUACUGGGGUAAGGGUGGAACUUGCAGAAGAAGACCAUGGUAGGAAAUCCUCUAUUGCCUUAAGACUCUGGGUAGAAGAUCCUAAGAAACUGAAAGGAAAACCCAAAGAUAAUGGAGCCAUUGAGUUUACUUUUGAUCUGGAGAAGGAAACUCCUGAUGAUGUUGCACAAGAAAUGAUUGACUCUGGAUUUUUUCAUGAAAACGAUCUCAAGAUAGUUGCCAAGUCAAUACGUGACAGAGUAGCAUUGAUACUGUGGAGAAGAGAGAGAAUUUGGCCUAGAAUACAGUCAGAGGAACGCCGAGAUUCUGAGUGCUUGGAGAAGUCGAAGGCGCCGCCUCCACAACAGGUUCAAGUCACAUACCUUUCCCACACGGGCCAUCACAUCCUGUCCGAGUCGGAGGAACCCGAGGCAGACCAGCAUCCCUUCCAGCAAAACCUGCCCACCAGCAUCACAUCCGUUGCAUCUGACAGCACAUUCGACAGUGGUCAGGGGUCCACUGUUUAUUCAGACUCGCAGAGCAGCCAGCAAAGCGUCAUCUACUCAUCUGUGCCCGACGCCGUGCCGCCCGCAAUCCAGCGGGUGUACAGCCCGCCUCUCAGCGAGGGCCAGGCGCUGCCCCACAGCCUCCCGCAGCUGGGGCACUACCAGCAGCCCUCAGCACCUGCCCUGCCCGUGGUUCAGGCUCCACCUGCGGUGGUGCCCCAGAGGCCCCAGCACUACCAGGAGCCAGCGAUGACGUUCCCAGUGGUGCAGCCGACCACCGUGGCCUCCAUGCAGCUGGGGCAGUCGCAGCCGGUGCUGGCCAGCCAGCAGCAACCCAUAUCACAGCAAACUUCUCUGCAGCAGGUGCUUGCCAGCCAGCCGGUUUGCCCCAUCCAGCCUGCCCCCCAUCUCCUGCCCCAGUACCAGCCCCAGACCUCUCAGGUGGCAGCCAGUAGUACACCACUGAAACCCCUUCAGAUUUCAACUGUGCCACAGCUUCCUCCAGUUGCCCCUUCCCAGAUGCCUCAGUUUCCUGUCAUUCCUGCAAUUACUCCUCUGGCAGGACUUGACAACCUUCCUCCAAACCUCUCUGAUAUACCUGCUGCAAACGUGCCCCCCAUACCUGCUCCUUCUCAGUAUUUCGCUCCAGCUGUGAUUUUACCGAGCCUCCCCAUGAACCCCACUUUGCCCAUGGCACCAAACUCCCCCGCCCUCCCCAUGCAAGCAGUGAACCUUCCUCAUACAACUGUGGCUUCUCUGGUCUUGCCCUGCCAAACAAUAGUGCCAAAUAUGUCGGCUGCUACAAUACCAUUGCUUGCCGUGGCUCCGCCGGGAGUGCCAGCGCUGCCGCCGCACCACGCGGUGUCCCAGCUGCCCCAGCAGCAGAUGUACCCGACCACCUUCCAGCAGAUAAUCCAGAGCGAAGCACCCUCUCCCCAUCACACUCAGAGCACGCAAGCCGUUUCCCAGCCGCAGCAACCUCCACCUCCUCAGUCACUUCAGCCAGGCGUAAUUCAUCCAUCAGAACAGCCACUGUCUGCCCCUGGGGCCGGUAACCAGCAGGUUACUGGACAUACUCAGUAUGGUUUGGAAACUGGAGCCCAGGUGCCGGUACUCCCAGUGCAGCCUUCGCUAGUCAUGUCACCGCCUUUGCAGUUGCAACCUGAACUGUUGCCUCCCCGCGUCGCUCCAGAAAGCAUUUCACAGAUUCAUGGCAGCCUUGCUACAGCUAGUCCACCAGUGCCCAUAGAUCACUGUCUGCCUCUACAGCCUUCGGGUGUUCUGCAGCUUCAGCCAGACCUUUCCCAGCCCCUGGCUCAGCAGCUCCCCGCUCCUGGCUCAGCCGUGCAGGCGGUGGCAGAGACAUCGCAAGAGGAGCAGGCAAUACAGGACAAACUUCAAACUCUGUCACAGAGCUGUGAAAGCUACAUGAGUCCAGAUGUUGCUUCAGGUAAAGAGAUGAGUGACAGCUUCGAGGGAGCAAUAGGAAGUGGAAAACAAGAAGGAAAGUCUUCAAAGAAACAUAAGAAAUCUACACGUGCUCGUUCACGCCAGGAGAAAACCAACAGACCCAAACUGACUAUAUUAAAUGUUUGUAACACAGGAGAUAAGAUGGUGGAGUGUCAGCUUGAAACACACAAUCACAAAAUGGUGACUUUUAAGUUUGAUUUGGAUGGUGAUGCACCCGAGGAAAUUGCUACUUACAUGGUAGAGAAUGAAUUCAUAUUGCAGAGUGAGAAAGAGACAUUUAUUGAACAGAUGAAAGAUAUUAUCGAUAAAGCAGAAGAUAUGCUCAGUGAAGAUACGGAAGGAGAACGGAGUUCUGAUCAGGGAACAAGUCCCCAGCAGGAUACUGAUGGAACAGAAAUGAAUGAGGAGAAGCGGCCAUCUCAAGUGAAGACUCCUGUGUAUCAACAAAAUGUUUUGCAUACUGGAAAAAGGUGGUUUAUUAUAUGCCCUGUGGUGGAAAACCCGACUACGGAUGCACCAGAAUUUUCUCCACCAGUUCCUCAGGGUGCACAACAGUCUGAAGGUCCAGACCUGGAGCAGUCGGAUGAUCAGCAAGCAAACUCUGCGGUGCCGGAUGCGCCUGGUGUCUUAGCUUGUCAGCAGCUUCCUCUACAAGCAAGCAUCUGUGACAGCCCCAUUGGGGCCUCUCCAUCUUUGGCACAAAUUCCUGCUGCAGCAUCUUCAGCUGGCUUGCCGAGCCAGGCAGAGCUCUCAGCUCCAGCGCCGCCAGGACCUGCUCCAAACAUCCUGGAGCAGGCAGCUGCUAACGGAGGCCAGCCGGAAUGUUCUCUACUGCAAGCAGCAUUACCUGCCCCACCUGGCACUCCAGCCCCAGGUGCCGCCCCUCUGGAGGAGCCCGCUGAUGCUCCCCUGGCUGCCCAGCCUACUCAGCAGGCGCAGCAGCAGGCAGAUGAAGCCAUGUGUAUCCCUGACGUGGAGAUAGCGUGUUGCAGUGUCGGGCCGCCCAAAGCAGUCCCGCCAGCUCCUGCCAAGACAGCAGAGCUCUGCCCGCUCCCUGUGCUCUCUGAUGCUGUUGUUUUGGAGCGGCAGCCUGCGGCCCAGAUCCCUCACCUGCCAGAGGCCGGCCAGCCCGGCGUGGUGCAGCACUCCUUUGUGAAUCAAGUGUUUCCUGCAUCUGUUGCAUCCGAGUCUCUCAAUCUGGCAGGAUCUCAACUUCAGAGCCCCACUCAGGUGUCCAUGGCCACAUCCCAGCAGCAUGUGAUGCUGUCCCAGACACAGCCUGUCACCUGCGCCAGCGUGGGGAUCAGCCUGCUGCAGCAGCAGCAGCAGCCAUGCACUGUGGAGUCUGAUGGAGAGGGGCCACCCCGGGUGGAUUUCGUUGACAACACAAUAAAAAGCCUCGAUGAGAAAUUGCGCAACUUACUUUACCAGGAAUAUGUCCCGACUUCUUCUGCAUCAGCAGGAACUCCAGAUGCUUUUGUGCCACUGGAACAGGCAGACAGUGAAUUUAACUUGCCACCAUUCACCGAAGAUCCCAAGUUAGUGUUGGAUUUGAGAGAACCAGGCCAUAACACCACGGAUAGCUGCCAGGAGGUGAAAGCUGCUGAGGCCCAGUUUGUGCCGGCUGUGCCACCUGAGGUCACACCUUACCCAGCAUUGCUUGAAAAGUCUGAUGCCGCAGGCGUUGGGACUGAGUCCUUGGAAGCAAGAGGUGGGUCAGCAAGCCAAAGAGGGUCAGCUGCGAGCAUCACUCCAGCUCCUGUGACUCCAGCAAAGGGCCUCCUCCAGGUUGCACCCACAUCGUCGAGCAGAGCUAAACAGAUGGAAACUUCUAAAACGAACGAGAAGGCAAAGGCUACAACUUCAUCUACGCACACAGAUAAUGUAAUGCAGCUAUCGACAGCAGAUGGGGUGAUAAAUAACCUUCAAAGGGAUGACUCUCUAGACUCCGGUUCCUAUGGAAAACAAGCUGGAACUCAUGAUAGUGGUACACCAGCCAAAACUAUUGGCAGGUUUUCAGUAAGCAGCACGCAAGAUGAAUUAACUUUAGCAGCGCCGCAUUGCUUAAGGUUCUCUGCGCCCCCGGACGUCUAUUUGGAUGAGCUCCCUUCCAGCCCCGACCAGAAGACAGCUGUCCGACGGGUGCAGACAGCCUCAUCCGUUGAUGUCCUUUGUGACCAGGGCUCGAGUGAUUCUGCUGAGGAACCUUUCCAUCGACAGGCUGCUGCGGCUCAGCCGUCCCCUCCGAGCAGCAGCGCAGCCUCUGACUUAAUUAAAAAAGCAGCAGCUUUUCUGCAAAGGACUGGAAAAGUGGGCUCCCAAGGCCCCGAUUCACCGAACGGGCAGGGAACAAAGAUUCCUACCAUCAACAUAACGUCCUUCCACUCGCAGUCAUCGUACAUGAGCAGUGACAAUGACUCUGAAUUUGAAGAUGCAGACAUGAAGAAAGAACUGCAGAACUUGAGAGAAAAGCAUAUGAAAGAAAUCGCCGAACUUCAGACUCAGCAGAAGAACGAGAUAGAGGCUCUGUACAUUCGGCUAGGGAAGCCCCUCCCUCCCAACAUGGGGUUCCUUCACUCAGCCCCACCAAGCGGCCGUCGACGAAGAACCAGCAAAAAUAAAUUGAAAGGUGGAAAACUAUUAAACCCUCUGGUUCAACAGCUCAGGAGCGGAACAUCAAGCACAAGUAAUGUUUCAGACUCUAAAGACUCACCUCACAAAGAAACAACUAAAGCUCAGCCCGGAUCUCUCGAAACCACAGGAGUAACUUCCUCUGUGUCAGCCACAUUUGGGAAGUCUGUUCAGACACAGCAGCCGUGCUCUGUCAAAGCCUCUUUGUCUUCUGACAUCUGCUCCGGCUUAGGCCCCGAAGGAGGUGAUGUGAACGCAAGCUCUGGCCAAGGCUGGACGGUUUUCCACCAAACGUCUGAGAGAGUGACCUAUAAAUCUAGUAGCAAACCUCGUACCAGAUUCCUCAGUGGACCUGUGUCUUUGUCCAUCUGGUCCACCUUGAAACGACUAUGUCUAGGCAAAGAUCACAGUAGUAGAUCCUCUACAAACAGUCUUGUAACGUGUCCCGAGCCCCUUCCGCAAUCAACUCUGCAGGUUCAGGCCAACAACAGUAACAACAAGAAGGGAACGUUCACCGAUGAUCUUCACAAGCUGGUUGACCAGUGGACAAGCAAAACUGUUGGAGCUGCACAGGCAAAGCCUUCUUUAAACCAACUGAAGCAGAACCAAAAAAGGCAGGACAUGGAGCCAAAGGCAAAUCCCAUGCAAACACAGAAUGAGACAUGUGGAGUUAAUUCAGUCAGAACAGGAUUGGGGAAAAGGUGCAUUGUUCCAGUGUCUUGUCCCAUGUCUGCGCUAACUCCUGGAGUUUCGCCAUCCAUGCCAGUGCCUAUGCCAGUUUGCACCGUAGGCGGCACGGACACCUCUCUCCUGUUUGCGGGUUGCUUUUUGCCUCUUUUACUGUGCUUAGAGUCUGCAUCUGCACCUCUCAGUCUAAAGGCACAAGGUAACCACUGACACUGAUUUGCUGAUGGUAAGUUCCACUUCUAUGGACGGCACUAAGGGCCAUCCCUACAGGCACAGGGAGCCAAACGAGUGGCCAAAUCUGAAGGCGCGUUGCUCUGUAUCUCUACUGCAAUGACAUUCUUUACUGUCUGACGGGCAGAGAUGUCUUGUGCUGCCGAGCUGUGAAUUGUAUAGUUCUAUUGUACCUCGAGCAUUAUUCUGUCUAAAUUAUUUUGUUUGUACCCUUUGAAUAUAUUAUUCCAUCAAUUCAGUUAGAAUUGAGUUUUAUAGACAAUUAUGCAGAGUCUUCUGCCUGGGCAAAAUACUUACUGUAGUAAGAGAUUUCUGUUCUCUGUAACAUGUAUCUUUAAUUUGUUUGGGUUUUUUAGAUUCAUGUCUGUAUGCUUCAUGAGCAAACAUGGAAAAUAUGUUUUCACACCAGUUUUCCUUCGGCUUGCACUGAAUCCUACAGUUUGUCGCUAUUGCCUGUUGUAUAGUCCAUCCCUUGUACACUGACAGAGUCAGCGGCACUAAAAGCCCCAAGAAAUUGUAUAGAUUAAAAAGAAGAAAAAAUAAACAUUUUGUGCUUGAAAACUGUGUGAAAAACCCAGUGUUUUUCUGAAAACAGAAGCGUGUCCAUUCCCCGCUCUCCCAGGUAACUGCGCCUGUUUUCCAGUGUGAAGGAUUAGAUGCCGUGCCUCCACUGCUCCUCGGUGCCUGCCCAGGGCUGCGUCCCAUCUCUUGCAGCUGUAGACGUGCAGUGGUGCUCCAGAAGAGCUGUAGUGCCACCCCACAGCACCUCGCUGCUCCUGCAGCGUUUCUGGUGCUCCGCUGCUGCAAAGCAGGCCGGGCCAGAACAUUAAAUGGGUUAUUUUAAGAGAUGGUAUCUUUAGCAUCUCAUUCGCACUGCCAGCAAUACUGCAGUUGGGUAGGUGGUAAAUGAGGCGUUUGGACCAUGCGCAUCCCACACUGCCAGUACCAGGGAAGCCCCAUUAGCAUGAGCCUGGCAUAAUUUAAAUGUGAGGGAGGGCAUCGAAGAUACUUGGCCCCAGUACAAGUUUGUGCUGCUUGCACACUCUUGGCAGUCACUGAUGUCGGUGUAGGCUGCAGUAGAAAUGAGGAAGGGCUGUGCAGGGAGAGGUCUGGUACUUCUGCUUCUGUGCUUCUGCACAUCUGACGUGCAGUUCUGCUGUGGGUGCUGCCUGCAUGUCAGGUGCCAGCCCUGUGCUGCUGGUCAUCAGAGACUUCCUCCCAAGCAUGGCCAAAGCUGUGGGAGCUCGUGGGGCUGCCUGGUGCCAGGUUUGGUCCAGAGCUAACCGUGUUCACUUUCACUUUUAAAAUGAAGCUUUCAGCUUUUUAGUGCCUGCUUUCCUAAGUGGGCUGCUUUUAGCUGGCGGUGGGGCCAGAGGUUGAUGCUUUCAUUUCAGUGUUCAUGACUUGAAUUUUGUGGUAGCCAUCUUGGCUUCAGUUCUUUAGGCUGUGAACUUCCAGCUAUGUUUUGUUGUCCCUGAUCAUGCUGAAAGGAGAGCUUUGGGCCUUGAUAGCAAUUAAGCAAAUGACUUGGGAUGGAACAAAUUGGGCGACUUUUUGAGAAAAAUGUGAGCAAAGGUGCUUUGCCUGCAGCUUUGGAAAAAGAGAAUGCCCUGCUCCAGGGAGCUGCUAGUCAUUGGAUGUCUGUCUUGUGUUUUAAGAAACAGUUUUUGUUUCUUAAAAACUGAGUUAUGUUCCUAAGAAGUCCACUUAAAUAGGAUCAGUGGGCAAGUACUUGACUGUUAGCUGUGUGCCCGUGCUUUAUACGAAGCCUUUGGAAAGCAAAAGGUGUUUGCACAGCAGGCAUCGGCGCUGCUCAGGCAGCAGGGCUGGCUCCCAGUGAUCUGUGCAUUUUGCUGGAUUUAACCAACUUGUGCUGAGCCCUGUCAUCCAGCCUUAGCUUGGAGCAGGAGGCACCACAGGGCUGGUGCUACAGCUUUGGUGGAGGGACAAGAUAUUGAAAGAGGACUUCCUGCUGCUGAGUCACACACCUGGUAGUAAGGAAAGGGAGUGCGACUGGUCUGAUGUCGAGAGUGCAUCAUUGCAGGGCAGCAUGGAAGGGGAUCCUGCACCCUUCAAGGUUCGUUGUUCACCCCGGCUCAGCCUCCCUGGCCCGUGUGUUCAACGGCUGAUGUGAAAACUUGCCCUGUGUAACCGUGGUCUCAUUCUGUAACUUAGAGUUAAUAUUACUCAGGUGUUACUUUACACCUACCCCUCUUCCAUCACUGUCUGGCACAGCUUCUUUCAUUUUCCUCUGAGAUAUUUGACAUUGAUGGUUAUCAGAAACAGGCUGUUGAACUGAACGGGCUGGUUGUCCGGCCAAGCGUGGCAGUCUGUGCGCUCCUGCAAAUUGAUUCCUCUUUGGAAAGAGGCAGUAGUGCUAAAUGCCAGUAUUUCUGAAACGAACUUCUUAAUCAAGAUGCGGGUUUUGCCAUUUGAUAUUUGGGGAAGAAAGUCACUAAUACCUUUGUGUCAUUCGUGAGGUUAACUUGGCUUUUUCAGUAGCUGCUUUUUCUCUUUAAGUGUUUUUGUGGUCCUAUUGCAGUGCUUUCAGUUCAGAGAACAGUGAGAUUUUCCCCAUAGACUUAGCGUUCAGAGUGUUAUGUUGGCUUUGUUCAAUAAACAUGAGUUUGAUAUGGGCACUGCUUGAGUGGUAAAUGCAUCCUUCUUCAUUCUUUGAAAGUCAGCCCUGGAGAGUUUUGAAUAGAAGUCUUCAUUCUGAAAUUACUUGACCUCAGCAUUGCUUUCCUCGUCCUGCCUGAAAAAUGGCAAAGAUUUCAUGACUUUUGAGCAAGGUUGGCAUCUCAGAAGUUAGAUAACAUUGCAAAAACCUGCUUAGUUUUCUGCAUUGCUGCGAGGACCCCCGCCUGAAUUUCAGUAAUGUGUGUUGGCUCGGAGAUGCAGUAGUUUGUGACCGUUUAAUUCCUGCGUGAAAUUUUUUGUGUUCUGGUUCCUCUCCCACCCUUCUCAAUCCCUGAUUUGUGGUGAUGUUUGUGGGAAACGAUGGUGCUGCUGAUGAGGUGUGUCUGCUGAAUCUCUGAGAUCUCUGCAGAGGCCACAGAAUCAGAGAGUAUCACAAGUUGAGUCCCAUUGUCACAGAUGGGUGACUCUGUUGCUAUAGGAUUGAAUUUAUAAAAUGGCAAAAACAUAAUCACAGGGGAUCUCUUGACAUGGGUAUUUAUUGAAUCGAGUACGGGUUAUUUUUUGUCCGUUUUUUCUUUUUGUGUGCGUGUGUUUCUAUGGGGUUGACUUUUGCUUAUGCAGCUGUACCAAUGCAGAUGUGAGCUGAGAUUCAGCUGGGUAUUUGUGCAGGCUGACUGCUGUGCUGAUUGCUGCGCUUCUCUUGAAUGAGCCUGGUAAAUGCAAUUAUCUUCCUGUCUAUAUUGCUGAAACUAACUGUUGAGCACAUGCAGACCGUGUUGUGGCUGACGAGCUGGUGAGGUUUGCCUGAGCAGGACUUGCUUUUUCCUAAGGUCUGUUUUUCCUGUGUGUGCAGCAGGAAGGCGUUGUGCCGGCCCUGGCUCUGUGAUCUGUUACUAAUGCAGAUAAGUUGCAGAAGUGCACUGUAAUAAAACAGAUUUUAGGAGCUGUCAGGUUACAAAUUUGCAUUUUGAAAGAAUUUCUUGCUCAAAGGGACUUGAAUGUACUGUGGUGCUGAUGUUAGCUGUGUCACUAAAUAGAGUACCUGUAACUGAUUUCAUCUGGAAGGCUCAUUCCAGAAGGCAGCAACUUCUUGUUGUAAAGUGUGCAGUCCCUUUUGUUAUAUUUUUUCUCCAUCCAAAGUGAUAGCCUGCUAUCAGGAUUGCUGUUACAUAUGCUUGGAUCUGUAUUUGACUGUAAAGCUUCUCCCUUGAAGUAACUCCCCCAUGAGAAGUCUAGAGGGUGCAUAAUUCAAGCCUUCACUUUUAUAUACAUAGACUUACUAAACUUUAGAUUUUUCUUGCUAAGUGUGGAGAAGCCAUGUACAAAAUAAGGCCUGGUGUGAUUAGGGAUGUGCUGUAAUGGUGGAAUUCUUGUGAAUGGAUGGAAUUCUUAUUUGUAGAGGUUUUUUUUUGAAGUCUGUGGAGGAAGGAGCACUCAGUUUACACUUCAGUGUCGCGCCCCGAAUGGAUGCGCAGCAUACGUUCAGCGCACUGCUGCAGCUGCGCAUUGACAACCUGCCUACAAGGCAGAAGGAAAAGGUAGAACUUUCUUUUCCCUGUGAAGGCCUAUAAAAAGUAUUUACUCCUGUGUUGUAGUUUGGUGGGGAUUUUUGAGUUACUUUGUAAAUAAGUUAGAAACUUCUUCAGCAUUCAGUUUUUUGUUUAUCAAACCAGAUAUAGCACACCUAACAACGUUUCUUAGUGUUUGUUUCCUUCCCUCCGGUCAGCAGCUACAAGACACAAGGCGCAGUUUUUCCCAUCAUUUUCUCCAACACAGAAAAUGUUGUGUGUAAUUGAAUUCAGUGAUGCCUUUAGUGCUGUGGAGAGGGCAGUUCCGUUUUUGGCCAAAAGCUCAGGCUGCCUUCAGAAUAAGAAGCUAAGAAGUUGUCCACUGGGACAUGGGCUGAGUAUCUGUGAGUUUCUAUCAAGAGGCAGGAAGCUGCAGAGCUCGCUGUCAUUCUGGCUUGAUGGCUGACCUGCUGCAUAUGUGUAUGGGAUAUGUCCCAUUGCUAUCUUAAGGUUUUUCCCUGUUACCUGGAGAUCAUAAAUUUUGGCUCAUUUCAUUUCUCCUGUGCCCGAUACUAGUUGUUAUUAGUGGGCAAAUGCUGAGAACUGGGGUGGUUUCAGGUGAACGUGCAGAACCGACGUUGAGCAGAAGCUUGUGGAAGGAUGGCAACCAAGACAGCUUUGCUUCCUUUAAAGCAAUUCUUUCUAUGAACAGGCAGAGCAAGAAAGAUGGGAGGGAGAAAACUGGGGCUGCAGUUAAUGAGAGCAAAGCCCAAAACAGGGAAUCCCCCAGGAGCUAUGCCAAACACAGACUGUUUGCACAGCAUCCUUUCCCCCAUGUCCCAUGUAUUCCCUUCUGCCCUGAAGUACUCACUGCAUUUUUUUCUGGAAGAAUCUAGCAAGCUUUAUGCUGUAUAAAAAUGUAUGUGCUUGCAGACCCAAUAACCAGUGUGCGUGUUGCUGGGAUGUAGAGUGAAGGACGCUGGUGAUGUCACGGUGCAGUGGGUGCACAGCAGCAGGACGUGCGCUGGCCCUGAGCCGCUGCUUUCUCCCACCUGGUGCUCAGUACGUCCCCUUCCAAGUCCAUCAUGAGCCCCGGACGCUGCGUAGCCUCCUGCCCCCAGCGGGGUGCCUUGCUCUGAAGGAAUGGGUGAGGUGCUCUGGUUCUGCUGCAGCAGGCUCUGGGCUCUGACAAAGGGCUUUAGGAACGUUUACGCUGCCACGUUCUCAGUACGACACACGCGAUGCCCUCUGAGGAUUUCGGGUUCUGUUCUCGUGCAGAGCCUGCACUGGCUCUCGUGGAAGCGCCUUCGGCACG